AUGAAUGCAUUCAAGCGUGGUCGAUGCCUCGAAGAUACGCGGAUAGAGGUUCUGAACGAAAUCAUGGAUUGGCUUUUAUCAGACACGGAGCAAAACAUCCUAUGGUUGCGCGGCGUCGCGGGAUCUGGGAAGAGCACGAUUGCGACGACGAUCGCCGAGUACUGUCGUGAGAUGUCGUGCCUUGGUGCAUUUCUAUUUUUCAAUCGAGUCGAUGGUGCUGAGGACCAGCUCACCUCUAUUUUCCGGACGAUUGCAUUCCAACUUGCCUUAUUUGACUCGUCUAUUGCGAAGCAAGUCGAGUCUGCUAUUCAAAGAAGUGACCGUAUCGUUGAGGCUGUCGCUGAGAUGCAGUUCAAGAGGCUCAUUUAUGAACCACUCAUGGCAGCAAGAGAGGAUAUGCAGGGACAUACUAUCAUUGUCCUCGACGCAUUGGAUGAAUGUGGUACUCCUGAAUCACGGAGAACAUUGAUGUCACUCUUGAAACGAGAAAUUGGGAGGUUACCCUCCUGUUUCCGAUUCCUCAUUACGAGCAGGCCUGAGGCUGACAUCAAUGCGGUAUUGUCAUCAAAUGCAAAUAAAUUUGUGCACGAACUUGCCUUAGAUUCGGGCUCGGAUACCAGCCGACGAGAUGUUCUGCAAUACAUCGAUCACGAAAUAAAAGUGAUUUUCGAGGAUUUAGGUCUCGAGAUGCCGAAUGAAUGGGGCACGUAUCGGAAACAGCUCCUCGACGCGUCUCAGGGACUCUUCAUUUGGGCAUCGACGGCAAUCAAGCUAGUUAAGGACAACCCUAGCCCAUUUGAAGAACUCGAGAGUAUCGUUGGGAAAUCUCAUUUGCUUAGUGGCCUUGACCGAUUGUAUGAAUCUGUGCUCAGGGCUUCUGGAGUUGUUUCAGAACGGUAUCCUUCAUCUCUCAUACGCUUCUCUCAAAUAUUUGGUCUCAUCCUGUUGAGCAAUGCACCACUGUCAGACAUUACGAUUGACGCAAUCCUAGGAUUGUCGAGCCAUAACUCAUCACGUCUAAUUCUUUCGAAACUGCAGAGUGUAGUCGCAUUCACCCCGGGAAAGCCUGUGCAUGUUUUCCAUACAUCGUUCGCAGACUAUCUCACGUCAGAUCCCUGCUCAAAGCCUUGCUCAACACACAUAGACCCUGUUGACUGUCUAUCCGGCCCAUGGUUUAUCGAUACAUCCUUGCAGCAGUUGGAUAUUACCAAGCGAUGCUUUAUUGUUAUGAAGGACAUGCUUCAUUUCAAUAUGUGCAAUCUCGAAUCGUCUUUUGUAUACAAUGGCGAGGUUGUCGGGAUUAACGAUUGUAUCAACGACACGAUACCUUUUCAGCUGUGGUAUGCGUGCAUAUACUGGGCAUACCACCUCAUUAACGCACCGCACUCACGCGAGCUGUUGGAUGAGUUAAUAUCAUUCGCACGCAAGCGGUUGCUGUAUUGGUUUGAGGUGAUUGGCCUACUGGGCCUGGUGCGUAGUCAUGAUUCGGACGUUUUUUUAUUCCUGAAGGACGCUAGUGGACUCGCCUCCGAAUUCGCCAUACCCAUGACCGAAAGCACACCGCACAUCUACGUCUCCAUGCUCCCGCUCAUGAAGGGUGAAUCAGAAGUUGCUGCUCACUACUCGAAACAGAUAUCUCGGAUGGUAGAAGUGGAUCGAAUAGGGACGAAACGGCCACCGCUGUGGUUGAAGGUCUUGGAGGGACAUUCGGAUAUUGUUCAGUCUGUUGUGUUCUCGCCUGAUGGGAAGUGCAUCGCGUCGGCCUCUGAUGACGGGAUGGUCAGAAUCUGGGACGUUGAAAGCGGUGAGGUGCUAUGUGAACUUUCUGACGAGAACGGAUUCGGUACCAUUUCUGUCGCAUUCUCAUCAGACGGGCGUCGCAUCGCCUCUGGAUCAUGGGACAAGACAGUCUCGAUCUGGGACAUUGAGUUGAGGAAAGUGGUGUCAGGACCAUUUAAAGGGCAUACCGAAGGUGUGUGGGCUGUUGCAUUUUCACCAGAGGGAACGCACGUUGCUUCAGCCUCUGAGGACAAGACGAUAAGAUUGUGGGACGUCAAGGGUGCAUCCACUGUUCAUGUUCUCGAAGGACAUACAGCUGCUGUACGUUCCGUCGUCUUCUCCUCUGACGGGAAGCGAAUUGUUUCGGGCUCCAAGGACAAGACAAUUCGAGUCUGGGACGCGAUGACGGGACAGGCCAUUAGCGAGCCUUUCGUAGGAUACACGGGUGAAGUUAACUCUAUAGCAAUCUCGCCCGACGACAGGUACGUCGUCUCUGGCUCGGAUGAUUUCACAGUGAGAGUCUGGGACGUGGAGAGCGGCAAAGUUGUUGCAGGCCCAUUUUUGCACUCAAAUUUUGUUCAUUCUGUCGUAUUUUCGUCCGACGGAAGGCGUGUUUUGUCAGGAUCCGGUGAUCGUACAAUUGUUGUCUGGGACAUAGAGAGUGGUGACAUAGUUUCUGGUCCUUUCACUGGCCAUGGAGAUACUGUUCGUUCUGUUGCCUUUUCGCCUGAUGGGUCACACAUCGUAUCAGGAUCCGAUGACAGGACUGUCAGACUCUGGGGCGCGUCGAUUGGCAAGAUUGUGUCCGACACUUCUUCCAGGCACACAGAAGCAGUUAGGUCUGUUGCUUUCUCUCUGGAUGGCAGUCAGAUAGUAUCAGGCUCUUGGGAUAAAUCAGUGAGGCUCUGGGACACCAGUACUGAGCAAGUAGCUUCCGUGCUGUUUGAGGGACAUAUGGACUUCGUUAAUUUUGCUGCCUUUUCGCCUAAUGGGGAUCGAAUCGUCUCCGGUUCCGAGGAUAAAACUGUCGUUAUCUGGGACGUAAACGGCCGUGAGAUGACAUUCGAGCCGCUCAUAGGGCACUCCGACGCUGUCACUUCAAUCGCCUUCUCUCCUGACGGCACACGUAUCGUCUCUGGCUCUUUUGAUAGAACCAUCAUCAUCUGGAAUGCUGAGAACGGAGGCAUGAUUGCUCAAUCUGAACAACUGCACACGACUAAAGUCUGGACUGUCGCCUUCUCGCCGGAUGGCACAUUUAUCGCAUCGGCGUCUGUCGACAACGACGUCGUCAUCUGGAAUGCCGAAAGCGGGAAAUGUGUUUCCGGACCUUUCAAGGCGCCCAAAGACAGCACUCAACAGUAUUUUGCGCCAUUUGCCUUCUCCCCUGAUGGGAGCUUUAUUGCCUCGCGCAGUUUGGACGAUGAUAUCAUUAUUCGCGACGUGCAGAGUGGCCAGAUCGUCUCUGGACCGCUGGAGAGGCACAGCAACACAGUCACGUCCGUUGCGUUUUCACAUGACGGGGCGUACCUUGUUUCUGCGUCCUACGAUCGGACGGUUAUUGUUUGGGAUGCAAGUAAUGGAAGUACCGUUUCUGAGCCGUACAAUGGACAUUCUGGUGGUAUUACUUGCGUCGCCUUUUCACCAGACAGUUCGCGUAUCGUUUCCUGCUCUUUUGACGCGACAAUACGUAUUUGGGAUGUACCAGGCAAAGAAGGCGAUUCUUUAAUGACCAGGAGUCUGCAAGGCAAUGUGGUCGCUGCAUGCUCCGACAUACAAGGCGUCGACAAUGGCCUUGCAAAUUGGACCGUUACAGACAACGGAUGGGUAUUAGGACCACAAGGCGAGUUGCUCUUAUGGCUUCCUCCCGACAUUCGUCCGACUCUCUGGCGACCACAGAACACAGCCGUCUUCAGUUGCGAAUUCUCCACAAAGUUGAAUUUCAAGGACGUUGCACAUGGCCAGUAUUGGCAGGAAUGUUUCAAUCCGGAUUUAGACUUUGACUAG